AAAUCCGAGAGGUCAAAAAGCAAAGGCGGUCGCCGGCAACAUCAACGUAAAAUAUCACUGCCCCAACUUAUACCGAUCUCCGGGAACUUCUAUUCGAAACACGGCGAUUGAUGGAUAAAGGCAAGGGUUUGGAAUCCAUACAGAGAUCUGUUCAAAAUAUUGAUUUGAAUUUGAAUUUCGAUUCUAAAAACCCUAACAAGUUUUCCAAGAGUUAUAAUCCUUCGCUGCAAUCAUCCUGGUCACCUUUUAUGAAGAGAAAACCCCCUGCUCUGGUAAGCUUGUGUCUUGGAAUACUAGGCAAGCAUCUUGAUGAUAUUAUUGAGGAUUUAGAGGUUUUAACUAGUUUCCCGCCGGACAUUAAGAUGGCCAUUGCAGCCAUUGCAAGAAGAAGAAAGUUGCUAAAUGAUGAUGUCAUCAUCGCAUUGGCAGAGAGCUCAUGGGAAAUUCUCGAUUUAUCAGAUUCAGAAGUCACAGAUAUUGGCUUGUUGAAAGUGAUAGAGAUUUGCAAACAUGUGAGAGCCAUGGACAUAAGUCGUUGCGGCAACAUCACAUCAUUUGGUGUUUCAGAACUUGUGAAGCAUUGUCAUUGUCUUGAGAUAUUGAGAUGGGGAGGAUGUCCAAGAAGUGAACAUACUGCACGAAGCUCUUUAAGCUUCUUGAAACCAACGUUAAACAAUGUUGAAGAGGAUUCAUGGGAGGAACUUGAUACCACGGAGAUUGUACACGGAGCACAGUCGUUACGUUGGCUUGUAUGGCCAAAAAUCGAUAAAGACUCAUUGGAGAGUCUAUCAAUGGAAUGCCCCCGUAUUAUAGUGAAUCCAAAACCGUCACUGUUUGGCCACAAAGGGAUUGAUAUUCCUAAACAUGCAUUAUCCGGUGUACCAUUGGAUGACUUUGUUGUCGAAGACAUCGACCCAAAAACUUGGCAAGUUCCGGGAUCUAGGGUUAGGAAAACGCAACCCGAUUUGAGCUCCAUCGAGCUGCCAAUUGCCGAAAGAUUUAGACUUGCUUUUAUUGAAAGAGAUGCCAGAAUGGCGCCAAAACGGGCCAAAAAUGCUAGGCAACGGCAGCGACGGGCUGCGAGAGAGUGGUUGACAUCAAGUACUAGCGCAAAAUCAGUUGUUCUUGCAUCACAAAUGAGCAAAAAUCUACACAAUUUUUAGGUAUUAAUUGUAAAAGAUUAUAGUUUUAUAAAAUCGUCUGUAAUCUGCUACUGUAUUCUAGCAAUGUGUUCAUCUUACGUUGAAUCGUUAUAUUUUUGAGUCGUGAAAUCCGAUAUUGGAGUUUAUAGCUUCAUGGUGUUUUAUUUACCAAGGAAAUGUAUCAUAAAAAUUGUGGAGUCAUUUGGA